AUUUUUAAGGGCUUAAUGCCAAGGUGUCUGUGUAAUAAACAACAAACUGCGGGUGCUAAUACUGGGAAUGUGAUACACAACAACAUUUGUUUGUUCAACUGUUGUAACCCUAAUGUGCAGGAGUACGUUGAGACGUUCCAUGAUCCAGCAGCGCGACGCACGCAGGAAGUGGUCUCUAACAUUCCCGACUCACCCCAGUAUGUAGAGUCCUUCCACAACACUCUUGAGCAGCCCCUCACCAUCCCCAGCCCACUUGAGCAAUUUGACAUUAUCCCAUUGAUUCCUAUGAAUAUAGGACACUUGUAUUUCUCAUUCACAAAUCCCUCUUUGUUUAUGCUACUCACUCUCAGUUUGGUCCUACUUUUGGUUCAUUUUGUUACUAAAAACGGAGGAGGAAACUCAGUACCAAAUGCUUGGCAAUCCUUGGUAGAGCUUAUUUAUGAUUUCGUGCCGAACCCGGUAAACGAACAAAUAGGUGGUCUUUCCGGAAAUGUUAAACAAAAGUUUUCCCCUCGCAUCUCGGUCACUUUUACUUUUUCGUUCUUUCGUAAUCCACAGGGUAUGAUACCUUAUAGCUUCACAGUUACAAGUCAUUUUCUCAUUACUUUGGGCCUCUCAUUUUCCAUUUUUAUUGGCAUUACUCUCGUGGGAUUUCAAAGAAAUGGGCUUCAUUUUUUAAGCUUUUCAUUACCCGCAGGAGUCCCACUGCCGUUAGCACCUUUUUUAGUACUCCUUGAGCUAAUCCCUCAUUGUUUUCGCGCAUUAAGCUCAGGAAUACGUUUAUUUGCUAAUAUGAUGGCCGGUCAUAGUUCAGUAAAGAUUUUAAGUGGGUUCGCUUGGACUAUGCUAUGUAUGAAUGAUCUUUUCUAUUUCAUAGGAGAUCUGGGUCCUUUAUUUAUAGUUCUUGCAUUAACCGGUCCGGAAUUAGGUGUAGCUAUAUCACAAGCUCAUGUUUCUACAAUCUCAAUCUGUAUUUACUUGAAUGAUGCUACAAAUCUCCAUCAAAGUGAAGUGGUUAUUUAUAAUUGA